AUGGCUCUGAAGAAGCUCCACACAGAGGUGGACAAGGCGCUGCGGGAGGUUCGCGCAUGCAUCGACGCCUACGAUGAACGAUGGCAAGAGUUGCUCGAGUUCAACCGCCAGUUCGUGGAGAGGAAAGACCACCUCGUCGACGAGGCGAAAAAAGAAGUUGUCAGAGGCAAGAAGUACAGCGUGAGGACGGCGACGCUGGAGUUGGUGGACUACAAGCAUGUGAAUGACGCAAAGGCGAAGAUCGAGGCAGACCUCGAAGGUGCACUCCGCAAGCUCCAUCGCCUGAAACAGCAGCUAGCCGAUUGGAUCCACAACUACAGCGACAAAGACAUUCGAAACAAGGACACCUUGACCGAGUUGAGAAAGAGCAUUGAGCUUCGGUAUAAACGGGGGCGCGUUUUUUACUCGCAAGGCCACAGCUCGCAGCCAAACGAUCACGCGGCGCUUGCGGGGUCGGCGCGAGAUGCCGGUCGCUUUGCGACUUGCGAGGCGGCGCAGUGGAUGACGGAGUUCAUCGACGCGUUGUCUUCCCAAAUCGACGGCUGGGCUGGCGAACUAGCGGCGCUGGAGGCCGUGCAGGGACCGGCAGCGGAGCGCGUUCCCGAGGCGCCCGUGAAGAAGAGCAGGAAGCGCGGAGGCAAGGAAGCGGUUUCGGAGGCGACAUCUCUCCCGGGAAAGGCGUCCUCGCCAGGGACGCGAAACGGCGAAUGGAGGCAGGAGAGAAUCGCGCAACUCGGCGCAAUGCUCGAUCUCCACCGCCUGCACGUCGCGCACCUCGAGCGGCUUCUCCAGGCGGUCUGUGGCGAGGAAAUCGACGAGGACGACGAACGCCUCGCCGAGUUGAGAGACAUCCUCGAGCCGUACGUCCACGAGAACCCCGACUUGGUUGUCAUCGUCGCAGACGACGUGUACCAGGAACUCGGUCUCGCCUGCUGCGUGGACGAAGGACGGGACUCCAGCCCGCGAGCGCCCGCGCAGGAAGCCAACGAGACAGCCGACGCAUGCAGAGAAGGCAGCGACGAAGGCAGCGCGUCUUCGCCCCGCGACGCGGGGACCUCGCGACACGUCUCGGCAAAACCCGCGGCGGGAGCGACUUCAAAGCGGCGAACGGGCUCAGGCGCCUUCACCCCUUCGUCUGUCGCUUCAGAGGAAACGGAAGGCGGGGCGGAAAAGAGAGAACGAGGAGACAAAGAUCCUUCCUCCGGGAAUCUCGCUCCGGGGAAACGCCCGGAGACGCCUCCGUCGGCGGCGAGUCCGUCCGAGCCUCCAAAGGCUGCAUCCUUCGGCGCCGCAGCAGAGUCGGCGAUGAGACUUUCGCCGUCUUCGGCGUCUGUUUCCACUGCCGGCACAAGGCGAGCGAGCGCGCGAGACACGCCAGAAGCGUCGUCCGCCCCUUCCUUUGCUUCGUCCGUUUCGUUGGCGUCUCUUGAGAGAGGCGACGAGGCGCGGCACAGCCAAGGCCUGCGAGAAAAGCGUCAAGCGGGCCGGAUCAGUUCGGAAGGAUCUGGUUCGUCUCCAGAGACGCGCGAGAAAGAAAUGCGGCGAAACGACGCGUCGCCGUCGCGAUUCGGUGACCUCGCUGCUGAGACAAAACCUUCCAGUUCGAGCAGAGCCUCGGAAGAUGCAAAGGCCACGCCGCGGUCUGCCGCCCAGUCCCAGGCGCUUCGCGUUUCUGCGAGGUCCGCAUGCGGCAAAGAAGAGCCGCGGGCAACGCCUGCUGCGGGUGCGCAUGCUGGGAAAGGGUCGGGUGUCCAGCGCCCCGCGGGCUCUGGCCUCUCGCCGUCUGAGGCGGUCUCCGGGCCGAAGGCCACCCAGACGCCUCCGCUGGAGGACGCGAAGGCGAGAGGAAGGCCGAGCUCUGCUGGGAGUUUGAAAGUUGCCGCGAAGGCGCGACCGCGAGGGUACGCCGAGGCGUUGAUUUCGACCUUUGCGGCUCCGGCAGUGCCCGCGGCGGUCGAUUUUCCGGCGCUUUCCGCGCACGGCGCCUCGCGUCCCGGCGAGACCCAGCGAGAAGACAGAGAGAGGUCAGGCGAAGAGGCGACCGGCGGAGACACGGAACCGCGGCGCGCACCGGUCUGGGCGCCGGCAGGAGCAUGGGCGCCGGGGCGGCGCAGCCUGGCGCGAGGCCCCGCGGGCGGCGGGGCCGAGGGCAACCCGACAGGCCAGGCGACGGGGCAGGCUGCGUCGCCUGAGAGCAAACCCGUGACAGCAGUGGGGAGGGAAGAAAGCCCGAGACAGACGCGUGGAGGCGAGGUGGACGAGCAGAGGGCCUGCGACGGCGGUUGCGGGAGAGGCGGAGAGUCGCACGGCUCGCCAGAGCGACUUGGAGCGAGUGAAAGCGACGCGAGGCUUUGCGAAGGGCGCAGUGAAAACGGAAGGAGGGAAACUCACGGUGCAUGCUGUGCCUCGCGGGGAGGUGAGCGAGCGGGAGGAGAGAGAGGAGAGACAGAGAACGAAGGACGGAAACCAGACGCGAGCGAUUUAGUUGCCGCUCUCACGACUGAAAGUACCUCCGGGUGGAUAUACGGCUACAGCCUGCGGGCGGUCCAGACUGGCGAGCCGGAGUGCAGGUGGUUUCCGCCCGAGACGCCCCACGUGUUCUUGCCUGCGUCGGAGUCAAUCGACUCGGCCGUGGUGUCUUCUUUUCUGUCUCUUUCUGAGUCUUUCUCGCCCUCUGCCGCUCUUUCUGCACAUCUCUCUGCGAUCUCUCCCCCUGCGCUCGAGAGGCCAGGCGAGGAGCGACCGCCUUCCCUCCUGUUUCCGUUCCCUCCCGUCUCGCAGGCUGACGCGGCGCGCAUGCAGUGCAGAGACGGCGAGGGAGAUACCCGAGAGGACAGCCGGCAGGCGAGCUCGCCACACGCGCGGGCUGCGUCUCCGUUCACGGCCGGCGAGGGCGACGGCGGCGCAGGCCGCAGCUCGGGAAGUCCCUCCCUGCUGUCUGUUCUCUCCGAGUUUCCGCCGCAGCUGGAAGGGCGCGGCGGUCAUGCCUCGGAUUCCAAGUUCUCGAGCGCUCGUCCGUCCGGCGUCUCCGGUUCGCUUUCCAGGGAUCUGCCGCCCAGCGCGGAGGCUCUCGAGGCCUGGCGGACGGGUGCGUUUCCUUCCAGUUCCCCAGGGACCGUGCCCAGAGCGACCGGCGAGGAGGAACCCAGUUGUCGGUCUCUCGCCCACAGGCGCGACGGCAUGCACCACGCGCGCGGCGAAGUGUGUCCCUUGUUUGACUCGUUCCUCCUGGGCUCCGAGGGCGCAGCGGGUGCGACUCUACCUGCCGCUGCGUCGCUGGCGAACUUUUCUUCCUCGCCGAUCGCCUCCUCGUCCACACACAGCGGCGGCGCGGGCAGUGGGGGGUGUUGUCUCGGAUCGCCAGUCUCGUCCAAGUCUUCGCCGUGCGGUGUCGUGACGCCGCAAAACAGAGGCGGGGCGAGCGGCGAGCCUGUCCACAGCCUUCGUUCGAGACAAAACCCGGUGGACGUGUCGCCGCCUUCCGUCUCCGUGUCGGAGCCCGGAAGUUUGGCGGCGUUGUUGCCCCCCGGGGUUGCCGAAGACGGAGCCUCAGGAGUCUCCUUCUCAUCUCUAGCUGCGUUUUCCUCGCCCUUGGCGGCUUCGCCGUCGUGCCCGAGCUCGUCGCUCCCCGCCUUUCUGGCCGGUCACCCAGAGCGCCGCGCCGCGUCUGCACAGACUCACGGCGAGGCUCCUAUCCAGUUCGCCUCGGGGAGCCUCGAGCAACCUGGCUCGGCGGGCGCGUCCACGACGUUCUCCGAUUCUGCGCGGUCGUCUUGUCAUCAGCCGACUCAGUCCUCGGGAGGCGGUCGCGAGAAGAUCUCGUCACUUGCGGUUUCCUCGGCCGGGGCGGCGAGUAGACGCGAGACCGGAGGCGAAGGACUGUCUCAGGGCUCCGAGUUUCCUGCGGGACAGGGCGGGAAGCCACACGCGGCCGUGUCAAGCCUGCCCCAUUUGCGACUUCCCCUCUCCCCCUUUCUUCCACCGUCGGGUUCCUCUUCGACGGCGAUCGGCGAGUCCUGGCGGGACAGGGCGUGCCUGAAGUGUCUCCGCGGUGUAUGUACAGUUGUUCACAUCAUCCCCGACGAAGUCGAAGUGCGCGAGCUCUGCUGGUCUUGGCACGGCGAGCUCGUCGAUGAGGGCCGAGAAUCGGAUGCAGAGGGAGAGCUCCAGGCCAGGGACGCAGAGAUCCAUGGGAGCGCAGAGGGAGAAGAACGCGCCGGAGAGAACGCGGGAGAGGAGAUCGAAGGCCGGCGAUUGCAGGUCGGGCCGUCGAGAAGUUUAGAUGCGCAGGGUGAGGGAUCGGAAGGCAAAGGAGAGGCUGAGAGGAGCAACGCUAUGGAGGCGAGAGUGCGCGAGUGGACAGAAGGCAGGAAGAGGGGAGACGAACGGCGUAGCGACUCUGGCGCGAUUUUUUCCGAGGCGGACUGCGCCGAGAGACGGUCCUCAGUGUCUUCGCUUCCGCCUCUCGAGCCGCCUCAGUCUGUCGCGUCUACUGCGACGCGCACUGGGGGAGAGAAGAGAACGGCGUCGCCGGAGGAUCCUCGCGAUCGAGAACAAAUCCCAGACCCCAGAGCCGACUGCGGAGAGAGGGGUGUGGAGGGCGGGGAGGAGAGAGAGGCGGUCCUGGACGUUCGGACGCAGAGAGAACGUGGAGGAAGAAGGCCCUCGAUUUCCCGCGCCUCGGACCCGGCGCCGCGGGUGUCCAGGAAGGUUCCCGUGGGGAGAAGCGCGCCGACGUCGUGUCGAGGCUGCGCGACCAGGCGCGCGCAAACGCUGCUUAGCUUCGAAAAGGGCGAGCGCGUCGAGGUUCUCGUUCACCAUCGACAGGGGUGGAUCUUUGGACGCAUUCGAGGACAACCCCAUAGACGCGGCUGGUUUCCGGACUACAUGCUGCAACGUCCCGAGGAUGUUUGCACCGUGCUCCCGAUCGAAGACCUCGCGUGCACGCAGCUCCUGGAUUCCUUUUGCAAAGUUGUGCCGUUAUGUUUGCUGGCAGUUGACCGAUUCAUCGUUGAACGGGAAGAAUGUGAGCGGUGGCGAAGAAGACAGCCACAGCAGGCAGAAGCGCGAGCCGCGGAACCGCCCGCGAAUACUUUUUUCGCGUGGUUGCGGGAGCGAGAAGAGCAAGAUGUGCAGGCCGGGGAGCGGAGGCGGAAGGAAGCGGAGAAAACAGAAAAGGGGUUCUUUUCUUGGCUGCGCGAGCGACAAGAGGACGACGCCAUUUGGCAGUGUAGCUGGGAUGUCCCAGCAUCCGAUCGAAAACAGAAAAGAGAAGAGCAUGAGCCUAUCCUCGUCUUUGACGUGGGCGGGUACCACCUCCGGGCGCACGUGGCGGAGCGGGGAGGCGAGGGGGAAGAACAAAGCUCCGUCCUCCCCAGCUGCGUCCGGCGGCCGUGGACAGGAGAGGGCGGGUAUCUGUCAGGCACUGAACGUGGCGCCGUGCAAAACUGGGAAGAAGUUGAAGAUGUCCUAGUUGAGACUCUAGAGAAUCACAUGCCAAUUGGAAUUGGUGGGCUGUCUUUCAGCGACGGCGUGAAGCGCUUUCUGGCGUGCGCCAGCAGCCUGCGCUCGCCUUCCCACUUUGCUCGGCUGGGCGAGAUCGUGUUCGAGCUCCUCGGCGCUCAGCAAUUCCUCAGCGUCGACCAGGAUCUACUCUCUGCUCUCGCGAUUUGCGGGUGUAGCUACCCCGGCCGAGUGGCGGAAGAGGGAAAGGAGCCUUUCGCCGACGCCGCCGUGCGCCUCUGCCAGCAAAUGCAAAACUUCACAGGCGUGAUUGUCGACAUGGGUUCGUCGGUUUCUCGGAUUUCUCCGCUCCUCUCUGGCUUGGCGAUUUCCGGCAUUGCUGUCGAGUUGCCGAUUGGCGGGCGCGACCUUGAUCUGGUGAUUCGGGAUGAUCUCCUUGAACAAAACGAGGCGUUCUCAAGCGCACCGGCGCGUCGAGCCAGUGAUGUCGAAAAGCGGAGCGACAGCGGGGCGCAAGACCGCCGCGACUGUCUAGGGACCGAAGGGAGCACGCGGUGGGAGAGCCGGGACACAAGAAGGAAUGUGGUUUCGUUGACGGCAGCGAGACAAGGAAAGGAACGUCUUCUCUACUGCGUGGAGGAACCCGCGGCGAGCGACUUGGGAAGUAACGUCGUGCUUCAGGCCGAGGCCGCGUUCUGUGCUUCGCACCCGGUCAGCUACGAGGUGUACAUACACCGGAACGCCAGGAGACACUCGAGUGCCGCCCCGUGUGGGGACGACGCUGCGGACAAGGAAGAACAAGCAGGAUCGCCAGCACGCCAGAGUGGAGAAACGCACUGCACGUGCGAAGCGGUGAGAACGCACGCAGGUGAAAGGCACAUCAACUUCCUCACAGCGUCGCGCGUCUUGGCAUCGGAACUGUUCUUCGAUGAAGCGAUUCUGGCGAACUACCGACGACGUCAUCAUCGUGGCGGGGUGGACAGGCUGGACGGCGAGACGCUGCCUGCCGCCUUGCUGUCUGCCGUGGAGGCAUGCCCCCUCGACCUCAAACGAGAGUUGCUGGAGAACAUUUAUCUGGUGGGAGGUUCGUCUUUGAUUCCUGGCUUCGCGCUGAGGCUCCAAGCAGAGGUGACGCGCCUUCUUCGCCGUCAGAAAGCACACAGCCCCAUUCUCCCGAGAGUCCACGUCCUGCCGUCUCCUCUCCAGCUCCAUUCCGGUGUUGCAGGAGGCUUCCGCUUUGCUCUCGGUCCCCAGUUCGACCUCAACCACAUCAGUCGGCAUCAGUACGAGGAAUACGGAACCUCGUUUCUGGAGCGUUUCAGCGUCAGAGGUCGUCUGCGAUGA